AUGGGAGAUUCCAAUUCAAAUUCACCCACCCACGGCUGGACCUCCAAGCUUCUUCUGCCCAACCCUGAGCUCACCACGGUCCUAGGAGGUACAAACAUUGACUUCAGACCCCCUGUGUACACUUUGGUUGGGCAUGAAGCAGAUUUGCAAGAAGAAGAGAUCGAGCUCGAUCGAGCUGAGGAUCGAGCUGAGGCUCAAGCUGAAGAUGGAGUGCAGGAAAGCGCUGACUUGGGUGAGCCUGAGUGCUAUUACUUUGAGGAGUAUGAGGCUCCAAGGAUGAACCCCUCUGUUGUGGCUGCUCACAAGAGGAUUGGACUUCUCCAAAAGCUCACCAAGUGGCAAGGGAAGGCCAUGGACAAGAUGCAAAAGUCCAUGGAUAAGAUGGUGAGCAAGAUCAAGAGCUUGGAGAAGAAAGUAUCUGGUUCUUCAAGCAAGAAAAAGAAGGCACCCAAAGCUCCCACUUUCCCUAGGAGUAGGUCACUCCUCACCACUCAAAGGAGACUCCCUGCCCAAGAGCCUCACAGAGCCUCUUCUUUCGAGCCAAGGGAAGGAGAAGACAACACGCAGAAGGAGGAAGACUUCCAAGGCCAGACGCUCCAGCUCGACCACCGGACUCGAUUGAGUCCAAACAGAGGAAACUCAACUCGAUCGAGCUGA